CCUUUGACAAUGCAUUUCUACCAUUCAUUUCUACAUACAAUCAUUAAGAAUAAUUUUUUUUCCUUUAAAAAUUUCUGCAAAUUCUACCUCGUCUUUUAUCCUUUUCGCUUUUCUUCCACGUUUCAAUGGCCAACUUGUGUACAUUUGCUCCAUGGACAACCACCAGCAAUGCGAACAGCUCGGCUGGAUUUGCAAUCUUCUUCUCACCUUCAUUCAAAUGUGUGGAUGUUUUGUUAAACCAUGCCAAUGGACAUGAAUUUGCUUCCAUAGCAGGGGCUGGAAACUGGUGUGCACGUAUCUCAUCAUACAUUGAAAGGGGCAGAAUAUUGAGUGUAUCAGUCUUAAGUAGCUGAUACAUGUAUUUUGUACAUGUGUUCGCAGUAAAUGGAGUUUAUUGAACAGAAGUGCAAAGCAGUGGACAAGUUUUUGAGUAGUUUCAUAACGGUCUUUCAAGGACAAAAUGGAAAGUACUCAAAAUGCCCAAGAUGUAAAGGAUCGGGUCUCAUGAUUACUACAGGAGGACAUGCAUCAAAUAUGCCUUGCUGGUUUUGUGAAGGAGUGGGUAUAAUGCCAAUCAUUGGUCUGGAGGGUUUUCUAUUGGCCAGGGCAUCUUCACAAGUAAAAACAUGUGACUUGAUGGCACAUUCACUUUCACCAGUAUCUUUGGAGCAGUCUGUUGUCAAUCAUGGGGGAACAAGAUGUAAUAUUAUGAGAUAUAAGCCGGCCACACAAAUAUGCCAGUUUUCACCUCAAGUUGCUGAAACCCUGUGGUUAGCUGACCUCGAAAGUAAAGCUCAGUUGAAUUUGCUGUCGAAUCAUGCAUUAUGUGGCACAGUUGAUGGCUUGUCUACUCAAACAUCAGUUAAAAAUGAAAGAAGUUUACCUACUGAAUGUACUCCUGUGAUUGAUAGUUCCCAGGCAUUUAAGUCACAUAAUGACAUUUUGAACUCCAUUAAACCAGAAGCUUUGGAUAUUUCAAAAUCUUUUAUAGAAGUUCAACCAAAAGAAUGCCCUGCAGAUUCAGUAGUUAAACGGUACAGCCACAACCAUAAACAAUCUAAUGAAAGUAGAAAAGUAGGUCAGAUGAAGGGUUUCAAUGAUUCAAAGUAUCCAUAUUUUGCACACAGCUUUGCUAGCAUUCUUUCUCUUAAUUUGUUUCUGACUGUAUCUGCUUUGAAGUUUCCUUCACAAAAGAAGAGGUUUUGUCUACGGACUAGUCCCAUUAAUGACUCUAUUCUUACUGGAUCUGGAACAAGGGCACAUCUCCACUUUGGUCUGGCAUUACCUACUGUUAGACAUACAAAAAUAGGUAAAAGAUCUAGAAGAGUGAGAAAUCACAUACGUGAGAAAGCACAAAAAGAGGCCAAUGAAAAUGCAAGAAGAAUUCUGCAGUCAUUAAUUCCACGGACAAGUGACAUGUUUACUGCACCUGCAGAUGAAGUACUUCCUCCAAAUGUAAUACCAGGUGUAUUGUCAGUCAUCUCUACAAAAGUAGAUGGAACUAGAGAUAUUCAUGUUAGAAGUGAAUCUCCUAAAAGGCUCCCCUUCUUCAAGUUUCAGCAUGAUCGGUCAAUCAUUGACGGAAGAGAUUCAAAAAAUCUGUGGAUGAAGAAUUUUAGUUUUGAACUCCUCAAAGAGAAAGGAUUGUCAUUGACAAAUCCAGUCAGGGCACUGAAAUUUUAGUUUCCAAGAAAACAGUCACCAGGAAACUUGCCUUCAUGUAUGGGUACUGCGUUGUUGUAUCAAUAGCCACAUCUCAUGGUGACUAUUUCAAUGCUGAUGAUUGCAUUUCAAUGUAAUGUAGCUGCACCCUUAAUCAUAUUGUCCUGUUAUGAUGUCCUUGCUCCUGUAUUCCACAUUCCUUGGUGACAGGGAAAACUUGUCAUCUGAUUUACUUCCAUUGUCUUGCUUGAGUUCUCAUUUUCUGUAUUCAUUUCUUAAGUAUUACUGGGGCAAAGUCAUUUCAAGUAUUUGUCACAGAUAAAUUAUGAAGUCCAUUUGAGGUCCUGAUAUUUGUUA